AUUUGCUCCUCUCUUCCAUUCACCAACCCCAACCUUCCUCAGUCUCGCUUCCUCCACCAACCACGCCUCUCUCUUUCGACAACGAUUGUGGCCGGAGAGGGAGAGAGAGAGAGAGAGAGAGAGAGAGAGAGAGUAGGCGAUGGCGGUGAAGGCAAAAAUCGCCCCGUCGAUGCUGUCGUCGGAUUUCGCGAAUCUGGCGUCGGAGGCGGACAGGAUGGUCGGAUUCGGCGCAGAUUGGCUCCACAUGGACAUCAUGGAUGGGCACUUCGUCCCCAAUCUAACAAUUGGAGCUCCAGUUAUUGAGAGUCUGCGGAAGCACACCAAGGCAUACUUGGACUGCCAUCUUAUGGUUACAAAUCCUUUAGAUUAUGUGGAACCAUUAGCAAAAGCUGGUGCAUCAGGCUUCACCUUCCAUAUUGAAGUGGCCAAAGAAUAUUGGCAAGAGCUUGUUGACAGGAUUAAGACAAGGGGCAUGCGACCUGGUGUUGCAUUGAAGCCAGGCACUCCUGUGGAAGAAGUUUAUCCAUUGGUUGAAGGAGAAAAUCCUGUAGAACUGGUUCUUGUUAUGACAGUGGAACCUGGUUUUGGUGGUCAAAAGUUCAUGCCAGAUAUGAUGGACAAGGUACGCUUGUUGAGAAAGAAGUACCCUUCUCUUGAUAUUGAGGUGGAUGGAGGCUUGGGUCCUUCAACCAUUGAUAUGGCAGCUUCAGCAGGAGCAAAUUGUAUCGUAGCAGGAAGUUCUGUAUUUGGAGCUGCAGAGCCAGCACAAGUCAUAUCUAUCUUAAGGAAGAGCGUGGAAGUAGCUCAAUAGAACAGUUAAUCAACUUGUUGAAUUGUUUGUCAUACUAGUCCAAUCUACAUCAAAUAUCCAUCCAAAUAAAAACAUGCAAGACAAAAGCAGCAUAUAUAAUGCAUUGUCGGUAAGCUUCAUAGAGGAGCAUUUUAAAGGUGGCCUACUGUCGAGUGAUGAUUGAGUGUUGAUCGUAGGCCAUUAUCGUCAAGGCACUAAAUGUAAUGAUAUGAUUGGGGCUAGGUUGGGCAAUUAUUCCAUUGUUGUUGUCUAUGUUAUAUUUUUCGAUCAAACACUAAGAAAAUGAAAUAAGUACCUCAAGGUGAGGGGACCUCAUCAGCAAGAAAUAAGAAGAAUCAUCUCUGCAAUGGAGCAGCAGGCUACAUGACCUGGGCACAAACUGAG